AACCCAAACCAAAGCUCAUCCCAAUCUGAAUCUUCCUUCUUCUUCUUCUUCCAAAGCUGAAAUCGAAAUCCCCAAAAUCUCUACAUAGACAAAAAAAAAAAAAAAAAAAAAAACUAACUCAGAUUCAUUCUUCAUUCUUCAUUCUCGUUGUUACACCAAUGGGACUCUUUUCUUUUGCCUUUGCUGGUGUUGGAUUCAUUCUCAUUGGAACUCACGAAGCCCUUAAAGCUUCUCAAAUCUCUGAUCCAAAACCAACCCUCACACCUUCUUCUUCACAACCCAAUAAAACCCAAUCUUCCUCAAAUCUCUUUUUCAUCUCUUUAUCUAUUUUUUCCUCUUUCUUCAUCUUCAACUCUCUUAUAUCACUUCUCAACGCUCACACCUCAAACGACGCCGUUGGCUCAGCCUUACAGUUACAAGUCAUACCCAUCGCUUUGAUUUUCCUCCUUUACUCUGUUCUAUCACUCUUGGCCUCUCUACCUUCACAAUUACUUGGUCUUGUUGGUGCUUUCGCUUUCGUUGAAGAGUUUCUCUUGUUCUAUCUUCAAAGGAAAGACCCUAGUGGUAUUGAGAAUCGUUACUAUGAUCUCUUGCUUGUGCCAAUAGCUGUUUGUGUUUUUUCCACUGUUCUUGAGUUGAAAUCUCCGGAAUCGUGUGUACCGAAAUUGGGUCGUGGGGUUGGGUUGAUUCUUCAAGGAACAUGGUUUGUUCAAAUGGGUUUGUCUUUGUUUUCUAGUUGGGUUGCUCAUGGGUGUGAUUUGCAUCAAGUGAGUAGAGGGAAUUACACUUUGAGGUGCAAGGGUCACCCUGAGUAUCAUAGGGCUAGAGCUAUUGCAACACUUCAAUUCAAUUGUCAUCUUGCUCUUAUGGUGGUUGUGGUUGUUGGGUUUUACUCUGUGAUUUGUGGGAGGAAUGGUGGUUCACUUGAUUCCUCUGCAAGUUACAAGCCAAUUGGAGCUGAAUUGCAGGCUUUUGAGAAUUCAGGUAACUUUACUUUGGAUUCUGAUGGUGAUGAUGAUGAAGAGAUUGAGGAUGGUGGCAAUUUGGCGACCCAGAAGGCAAUUGUUGUGGAACAUGGUAUGAAUGAUCCGAUUUUACAACUGGGUCGAUUAUGUGAUCUUUCUCUACACAAAUGGCCUGGAACCGCCUUGAGUCAGGGCAUCUUGCAGUUAGAGCAGCUUUAACCCAUGAGUCUUCAAUAGAACAAGAUGGAGGUGUACCUGCAAGACACUCCGACGCUCAAUAGCGAGGCGAGCUGCUGAAGAUGCCACCCAAUAUGGUCCUGCGAUGCCAUCAGCCACUGCCUCUCGUACUGGUGCCGAAUAAAGUCAUGGAACCGCGCAGUGAUGACCCAUGCCCCUUCUCCUAAAAAUAAAGAAGUGGUGAAUUUGCCACUGGGGUAGAAGAGAAAGUCUGCAGAGACUGAUGCAGGUUUAUAGGAUUCAACCUACUUUGGGGACGGUUGGGGUGUGAACGCGGACCUGUUUGCAAAAGGUAGGGAGAUUGGUCUGCUAAUUGAAGACACUCUCAUAGAUAAAUGGUUGAAUGCUGUUGUAAGGCCGAGUGUGGCCAACCAGCACAUAAUGUCUGUGCCGGGGACGGUUUCGUAUCUCAAGGAAUGCAUUGUGGACUUGAAGGGCGAGAAGGCCAUCUUGCGCGCUGAGUUUGAGGAAUUUAAGAAAAAGGCUGAGGAAGAUUAAGCCAAGAUUGCGUAGGAAUUAAAGGAAUUAAAAGCAAGCCACAAAGAACUGAAGACAGAGAAGACCAAUCUCUCGAAGCAUGUCAUGGAUCUGGAGGCUAACGUAGAUACUCUGGAAGAAAAAAUGACUUUUUUGAAGAGUGAAGUGCAGAAAUGUCAAAAUUUAUUUGAGAAAGAGGCCGAGGGGACCUAUGUCAAUAUUCUUAAUCAAGUGUGUCUCUUCAAUCCAACUGUGAAGUUGGAUAACAUCCAUUAUCUCCAUUUCAUCAAAGAUGGAAAGCUAAUGACUUUGAACGAUAAUAAUGAAGAAGAGUUGGUAGAGUUGUUUAGCGCGACGGACACGGAGACUCCGCCCCAGACAACUGUGCCAUCAAACCAAGAUGAUGGCCUUGGGGUGGCAAAUGUUUACAGAUCCGAUUUUACAACUUGGCCGAUCAUGUGAUCUUUUUCUACACAAAUGGUCUGGAACCGCCUUGAGUCAGAGCAUAAGCAGUUGGGGCAAAUUUAACCCAUGAGUCUUCAAUGGAACAAGAUGUGGGGUGUACCUGCAAGAUACUCCGACGCUCAAGUCAGAUAUGGUUCAAGCAGGUUUUAUUAUGUAGAAGAAGAUGUGUACCUUGGGUUAACACAUAUGUAUUUAUAGUGGAGAGAUGACCAGCUUGAGAGAUGCCUUUCUUCAUGGUGAAGGUAGAGAUUCCUCCUUAUUGGUUCUUGUGGGAGGCUUGGAGAUAAUGUUUGCAGAAGUAUGUAGAAGGAGUAGCUUGCUGUCAUAUGGCUUUUAAUAUAUAGGAGCUUUGCUGAGAUAUGCUUUAGGAGAUAAAGAAAUGGUAGCAGGCUAGCAGCCUUUGUUGACUGUCAUCUUUCUUAGUGAUGAAGGCUUUUAAUUUGGGCCUUGUCUUUAUUAUUAUUCUAGAUCAGAAGUCCCCCAGCUCGGUGCUUAUGCCAAAGGC